GGGAGGGGCGCGGGGGCGAGACAAAGCCGCGGCAAAUGAAUGGGAGCGCGGCCGCCCCGCGUCCUCCGUCGGUCCGCAGCCGGGCGGGACCGCGCCGGCCGCCGAGGCCCGGCGUCCUAGGUGAUGCAGACAGAUCGUGUUUAUGUUCUCAGGAUGCAGAGACCCCUGCGCCCAAGUCAGGAAGUGUGUCUCCGCUGCGUGUCUUCACGGCCACGCCACGGAGGGCCUGAGUGCGGGACUCCACGCAGGUGGUGGUUGCUGCUCCCGUGAGCUGCCGGCUUUGCCUGCAGUGGGAUUUGCGGUCAGGCACAUUCCCAAAAGUAGCACGAGGGCCAGAGCUACAAGAAACUGAAGCCAGUCUGCAUUUGGAGGCACCAGGAGCGUUUGUUCAGUUUUCCCACCCACCUGACGCAGGGACCUGGUGAACCAGCAGGACUAGUGAUGGUCAGUCAUGGGCGAUAACCAGGAGGCCCCGCAGGCAGGGUGUGGUUUUGUUCCUGAGAUUCCUAAUCAUGGUUUGGAAAGAAUGGACCUUAAACGUGAGCAGGAGGACACGAAACAGCCGGAGAGCAGUGACGAGCAGCCGGAGCUCCGGGAGCCGGGCCGGGGCCGCGGGGCAUCCAGGAGGCACUUCUCCAUGGACGCUGAAGACGAUGAGGGGCCAUGGCUCUCGCAGUACAGCAGCACCCUGUAUGACGUGGCCAUGGAGGCCGUGACACAGAGCCUUCUUUCCAGCAGGAGCCUCAGCUCCAGGAAGAAGUCUCCAGCUUGGAAACACUUUUUCAUCUCUCCUCGGGAUAGCACGAAAGCAAUAUGCAUGUACUGCAUGAAGGAGUUCAGCCGCGGUAAGAACGAAAAGGACCUAAGCACCAGCUGCCUGAUGAGGCACGUGAGGAGGGCGCACCCCACCGUGCUUGCCCCCGAGAACGGGAGCCUCGUCGGCUCGUCCUGCUCCCCACCGGCGCUCCUGCUCCCAGCCCCGGCUGCCGACACCACUGACCUCAGCACCGUGCUCUCGCCCCUCAGACUCUCCCAGAAAGUGGCAUCGGAGAUCCCGUCCCCUGACCGUGUAACCGAGGAGUCCGCGUCCGCGGUGUCUUCUGAGGAUGUUUCAUCCGACGUGUCCGUCUCCGAGAGAUAUGGCAAGGAGGAAGGUCUGGUGGGGCCGUCCCCGCACCUGCCUGGUCUCCAUUAUGAUGACGCGGCGGAACGCACAGAAGAGAGGAGCCUCACAGUCCCGAAGAGCGCACCUGGGUCCCGGAGGCGGUCGGCCGUCUGGAAGCACUUCUACCUGUCCCCCCUGGACAGCGCCAAGGCCGUCUGCAUCCACUGCAUGAACGAGUUCAGCCGCGGCAAGAACGGCAAGGACCUCGGCACCAGCUGCCUGAUUCGGCACAUGUGGCGAGCACAUCGCUCCAUCGUCCUGCAGGAGAACGGCGGCGGCUCGGCCGUACCCCCUUUCUACCCUGCGCCCCCCACCCUGCUGCCUUCUCUCCUGCCCUCGGAUGCAGAGUUCGGUUCCGUGUCGGUGUUGCCGGGAAGCCUGCUCCAGGAAGUGGCCUCGGCGUCCUCCUCUCCCGACAGGCUGCCGGAGGAGAGGCCGCCUCGCCUGGCCCCCGGAGCCACACUCCCAGACGACGCAGCGGCGCUCUCCUCCUCAGACGACGUCGGGGAGGCCUCGCUGGCGUCCUCCCCGGAGAAGCCGGGGCCGGGCCUCCUCGAAUCGGGAGCUGUGUUUCAGCAGAACAAGAAGGUGAUGAAGAGGCUCAAGUCCGAGGUCUGGCACCACUUCUCGCUGGCCCCCAUGGACAGCCUCAAGGCCGUGUGCCGCUACUGCAGCUGCGCCAUCAGCCGGGGCAAGAAGGGAGACGUGGGCACCAGCUGCUUGAUGCGACACCUGUACCGGCGCCACCCGGAAGUCGUGGGGAACCGAAAGGGCUUCCUCAGUGCGAGUUUGGCAAAUUCUCCGUACGCCACGUUGGCUUCUGCAGAAAGUUCCUCCUCCAAGUUGGCCGACUUGCCGGCCGUGGCCACAAAAGAUAAUCAAGUUACGUUUCCUGUGAACAGCAAAAAGACCUCAAAACUGUGGAAUCAUUUUUCCAUCUGCUCGGCAGAUUCCACGAAAGUCGUGUGCUUGCACUGUGGCCGGACCAUCAGCCGGGGGAAGAAGCCGACGAACCUGGGGACCAGCUGCCUCCUCCGGCACCUGCAGAGGUUCCACGGCCACGUGCUGAAGAACGACGCCGCGGAGCCAGCGCCCUCCCCUCCGGGACCCGUGCCACCGAGCACCGAGUUCCCCGGGGCCCCACCCUCCGACGGCACCGGGGAGAAGUUCUGCGACUCCCACCCAGUUGCCAAAAAAAUAACAAGUCUCGUUGCGGAGAUGCUUGCACUUGACCUUCAGCCGUACUCCUUUGUGGACAGCGUUGGCUUCACCAGGCUGCUUGAGUACUUGAAGCCCCAGUACGCCCUGCCCGCCCCGUCCUACUUCUCCCGCACGGCUGUCCCAGGCAUGUACGAGGAGGUGCGGCGCGUCGUCACGGCCCGGCUCCGGGAGGCGGCGAGCGGCGUCGUGCACUUCACAGCCGGCGUGUGGAUGAGCAGCCCGGCGCGCGAGUUCCUGACGCUGACAGCCCACUGGGUCGCCUUCGAGGCGCCUGCACGGCCUCGUGGGGAGGAGCGCCGCCGCGCGGCCCUGCUGGACGUGUCCCAGGUGGACGGCGACUACAGCGGCCACAGCAUCCAGAAGCAGCUGGAAGGGCGCUGGGAGGCCUGGGUGGCCGCGGCUGGCCUCGAGGUCGGCAUCACCGUCACGGACAGCGCCAGCGUCGGGAAGGCCCUGAACGAGGGGGCGCACUCGAGCGUGCUGUGCUUCAGCCACACCGUCAGUCUUGUCGUCAGCGAGGCCAUCAAGAGCCAGCGGAUGGUCCAGAACGUGCUCAGCGCCGCGCGCAAGGUCUGCGAGCGGGUGCACCGCUCGCCCAGGGCGCGGGAGAAGCUGGCGGAGCUGCAGAGGGAGUACGGCCUGCCCCAGCAGCGUCUCCUCCAGGACGUGCCAUCCCGGUGGAGCACGUCCUUCCACAUGCUCGAGCGGCUCAUCGAGCAGAAGAGGGCCGUCAACGAGCUGUCCGCCACGUGCGGCUUCAGGGAGCUCAUCAGCUGCGACCAGUGGGAGGUGAUGCAGUCCGUGUGCCAGGCACUCAGGCCCUUCGAGGCCGCCAGCCGGGAGAUGGGCGCACGUGCUGCCACGCUGGGCCAGGUCAUCCCCAUGGUGCACCUGCUCAGCCGCAAGGUCGAGGCGCUGUUCGAGGAGACGCUGGGCAUCGACCCCAUGCUGCGGGCCCUGCGGGAGGCCCUGCUGAGCCGCUGCUCCGCUGCCCUCCACGACCCCCGGUACGUCUUGGCCACACUCCUGGACCCUCGCUACAAAGCCUCCUUGUUCACAGAUGAGGAGGCUGAGCAGUACAAGCAAGACUUAAUCAGGGAGCUAGAAACACUGACUUCUACCUCAGCCGACAGGCCUGUUUCCAACGGGUGUGACGCGGGCUCGCCCCCCAGGGACCCUGCUGGAGAGGAGAACCUGUGGUCGCUCAUGGCCAAGGUGAAGAGGAGAGAUCGGCGGGAAAGGGCCAAGUUACCUGAAGACAUGGUGCUCGCGUACUUGGAGGAGGAGGUGCUUGAGCACGACUGCGACCCGCUGACCUACUGGGACCUGAAGAGGGCCUCCUGGCCCGCACUGGCCGCCCUGGCCGUGCGGUUUCUGGGCUGUCCCCCGAGCCUCGUCCCCGCUGAGCAGCUGUUCUGCACACCCACUGAAAGUGGCAGCUUUAGCCAGUCCAGGCUCACGGUGGAGCAUUUUGAAAAGCUCAUUUUCUUGAAAGUGAAUCUUCCCUUAAUAUACUUUCAGUAUUGAAGCUCAUGGAUGCCGCCCCGACGGGGGCAGGUUACCGCUCGCCAGGCCUCACCGAGCCACCCGGGACUGCUGCCCUGCCUCUCGGGCCGCGGGCGACCUCGGGUCAGGGGCUCCUCGCCAGCAGGCAAGCACCCCGCUCUCCACGUAACUCUACCUGUGCCUUACUCCCAGCUCUCCAGGCCGUGGCCUGGAGACAGGUUCUUAAAGAAUCCACUAGAAACAGCCUGUCCUGUCAAAUAUGAAAUGUGAUGACUAGGUUUUAAUUCAUAACUGUAAGAUUUUUUUAAAGUCGGCGGUUAGAGAUUUGUUUUAAUAGAAUGGCAGAAGGAUGAAAACGACUUUAUGCUGUAGCCUUUUUUCAUUUGUCCACAGACCAUAAAUCAGGUUGAGUUAACCCAUGCUUUAACCGCAGCACAGCAGCGCCCGCGGCUGCCCGGGGGGUCUGCAGGGGCGGCGAUGAAGCCUCCAUCCCCAGGGGAUGGCAGUGGGCGUGCAGGAAGACGCAGCGUCUGGAAACAACGAAGGCUGGGUGUCUCACGGAGUCCCGGUUCCAUAGCAAUCUCGUCGAGAAAACUGUCCAACUGUGCGUCCACAUUCAGGUUCUACGUGGUCAGGUAGCCCAGGGAAGCCCCGACUGUCUGCAGCAAGCAGCUCUGAGGCGUUAGUCACGGCUGGAAGAUUCAUGCUUCCUCUUUAACCAGUGCACAGUGUGGCACGUUUACAGCAGAAACGGUUUAUUAAAUCUAAGCCUCCAAUGCAGUGAAUCUGUGCCCCGGAGCCGUCUUUUAAAAACUGUGCACGGAUUCCCAGUUUGAUGAAAUUAUGUAUAAAAUUCUUUUUAGGAGAGAUGGCUUGUUAACAGGGAAGAUUGUUAAAUUACAGUUGUAAGAAUAGCCUUAGACUUUAGGAGAUUCCUUUUUAUUAGGGAAGAAUCAGCCAUUAUUGGGGUAUUUUAGAUCCCACGGACGUCGGAAUGAAGUAUCCGUCAUCACAUUCUUUUUACAAAAUGUCUUCAAAGUUUUUGCUUUCACAUCCACAAAUGGACUCAUUUUCCCAAUUCAAGCUGAUUAAAUAUUCUGGGUGAAACAGGUCACUCAUUUGUCUAUGAUUUUUUUAGAAAAGUUGUUGUUUUAUUAAAAUACUGUCCCUAUGCUUAA